GUAUGUUUAUGCGCUGCCUCGCCCUUUGUGCUUUGCCGAAGGGCAUCUCAUUUGUUUGGAAGGAGAUGGUGUGUGCCAGACCGGUCCGCCUUCCUCGGGUUCUUCUUGGUCGUGGUUCCUUGGUUCCUUCGCCUUGGUUUCUUGGCUUAUUUCUGCCCUCCUCGGGCUCCUCGGUAUUGCCUCCUUGCCCGUGGAGGCUCGGCGGCGGGUGUCGCUUGGGGCUCCUCAGAGGGAAAAUCGGAUCGGUCAGGCCGCGCCCGGUGAGGCCCGGCGGCCGCUUGCUGCUGCUCUUCUCCGACUACGCGGAGCAGCGGGGCUUGGUCGACCGCUCGCCCCUGCGGGCCUUCGCGGAGGCCGCCGGCGCCCGGCUGGCCCUCCGCGGCGUGGAGCGGCGCGCCGUCGCCGUCGAGGACCGCACCCGCAGCCGACUCACGAGGAUGGGCAAGCCGUGGGCCGCGGAGAGAGAGCACUCGGUGGAGCUGUGGGAGUUUGAGAGGCCAGAGGCGAGCGACAGGAUGGGCCUCGUCCUCCGCCUGCCGAUCGGCCACCUGGGUGGCGCCAGGGAGCGUGUCUCCAGGGGCCAUCUCGCAGGGCCCGGCUCGGCCCGCAAUGGUGCCCGCCUCGCGACAGCACGCCCGACGCCUCUGGCCUGUGCGCCUCCGGAGGGUCAGCAACAGCCGGACACGCAGCAGGGCCAGCGCGAGGUGGAGCCAGAUCCUCACAAGCAGCAGGCCUACACGGGGGAGACCGUCGACCCUGCAGUCGGCCAAGUGGACGAGCGCCAAGCGGGUAGGCCAUCGGCGGCAAAAUCAGACCUCGUGCAGCUCCCCGCCUCCCUGAGGUAUGGCAGCAGAUGUGGGCUAGACUACGGCCGCGGCUGGCUGAGCGAGCGCGCAGAGAAGAGCGCCGAGCUCCGCCAGGAGCAGAGCCCCAGGAGGCCGCCGCUGCCCCCGAGGUCGGCGGAGCCCAGGGGCCGCUGGGCUCCAGGGCAGCCGCCGCUGAACAGCAGCCCGUGCGAGCUCAUUGAGGAGAAGGAGGGCCCGCUCUGGAGGACGGUGCGGCGACAGCUUUACCGCUCGGAGGUGGCGCACAUCAAGCGGCUGGUGGGUGAGGAGCUCAUCCAGCAGAACAAGCUCAUGUGGGAAGAGCUCACGUCGUUGCGGCAGAUCUUGACGGACUUCCAGGAGCAGAACGACGAGCUGUCGGAGAGUUUGAAGAAGCAGGUGCAGUUUUGCGGCACGCAGCACCGCGAGCUCUUGCGGCGACAGGCCCAGAUCAUGCUGGAGGACCUCACCUCGCAAGCGGAGGCCUGCGGCCACGUCCUCGAAGACCUCGUCCCCGAGCUCCGCGAUCCGGAGAUGGCGGAGUUCGUGUUCGCGAAGGCGCGGCGAGGCGCAGACGCGAAAACGGACUCGGUGCUUCUGACGCCGCCGCAGACGCCCUCCACUCGGCCGCCGUCUUCAAGCGGACUCAGCGGGUGCAGCACGCCGGACCCCGCCACUGGCGUGCCCCCGCUGCCCCUCGGCCGCGCCCUCGGCGUGGACGAGCUCGCGGGGGUGGCCGAAGGCAUUCGCGAGGCUAUCGAGGCGGAGCAGGAGAUGCUGCUAGCCGCCAUAGGCGAACAGAUGCAGCAGCUGGAGGCAGAGGACGCCCGCAGGGUCUACUCGGCCACGCGCGGCGGGGGGCCCUCGACCUCCAAGCUGCAGCAGUUCGUGCACAGCCUGCAGGACCUCGCCCUGUCGCCGAGCCUCCGGACGCUGUCGCUGGCGGGCCCCGUGGUGUCCCCACACUUCGCAGGCUGCCCCGACGGCGGCUGGGGAAGUGCAGCGGCGCUGCCGGCAGACAGAG